AUGGGCCGCCGAAAGAACAAUCAGACCUCAAUGAGCUUCAACAACAUUCAGCACCAGGCCACCAAAAUCCGCUUUAACGACGACGACGACGACGAAGACAGCUCCAAUCUCGAUGACUCUAUUGUAGCCACUGAAAAAGCCAUUGCUGUUGAUGACGUAACUAUGUCCGAACCCGACGUCUCCUUUGUUGACGGCGGCGAUGAUGAUAAAACCAGCGCCGAUUAUUACUUCGAUUCUUACUCUCACUUUGGUAUUCAUGAAAUCUGGAAUUCUGAAAGAAAUCGUGGAGUUGAUUGUGUAUCAAUGCUGAUACUUCCGUCUGUUGAUGUUUUUCUACUCAUCCUUACAAUGCAGGAAAUGCUGAAGGAUGUAGUGAGAACUAAAACAUACCAAAAUGUUAUUUAUCAGAAUAAAUUUUUGUUUAAGGAUAAAGUAGUUCUUGAUGUUGGUGCUGGGACUGGAAUUUUGUCCUUAUUUUGUGCUAAAGCUGGGGCUGCCCACGUUUACGCGGUUGAGUGCUCUCACAUGGCUAACAUGGCAAAAGAGAUUGUUGAAUCAAAUGGAUUUUCCAAUGUUAUAACAGUUUUGAAGGGAAAGAUUGAAGAUAUUGAGCUACCAGUUGCUAAAGUGGACAUAAUUAUUUCAGAGUGGAUGGGAUAUUUUCUGUUGUUUGAGAACAUGUUAAACACGGUCCUGUACACACGUGAUAAAUGGCUUGUCAAUGAUGGAAUUGUGCUGCCAGACAAAGCUUCUCUCUAUUUGACAGCCAUUGAGGAUGCUGAGUACAAAGAAGAUAAGAUUGAGUUUUGGAAUAAUGUCUACGGCUUUGAUAUGACAUGCAUCAAGAAGCAGGCCAUGGGGGAACCUCUUGUCGACACUGUUGAUCAGAAUCAAAUUGUUACAAAUUGCCAGCUGCUCAAGACAAUGGACAUCUCUAAAAUGGCUUCUGGAGAUACUUCCUUCACAGCUCCUUUUAAGCUCAUAGCAGAACGUGAUGAUUACAUCCAUGCAUUAGUAGCCUACUUUGAUGUAUCAUUUACAAAAUGUCACAAGUUGAUGGGAUUCUCUACAGGGCCAAGAUCACGAGCUACACAUUGGAAGCAAACAGUCUUAUACCUCGAAGAUGUGCUGACCAUUUGCCAAGGGGAGGCACUAAGUGGGAGCAUGACUGUGGCUCCAAACAAGAAGAAUCCUCGUGACAUUGAUAUAAUGAUCAAAUAUUCAUUGAAUGGUCGACGUUGUGUGGCCUCAAGAACACAACACUAUAGAAUGCGAUGA